CUUUGACGCUGGCAACAGGCAAGUACACGGACACCCUUUAGCCGGGGGUCCUUCAGAGGUCCUUUGAAUGCAUGUGGCGCGAUAUGGAAAACGGUGAAAAAUAGUUUGACAGCAGGAGAGCCGGAGAGAUUAUUGUCGUCGUUUGGCUCUCCAUUUAUCCAAGGAACAUGUUUUCUGCAGAGCAAAGUUGUUGGUUUGUCCGCAAGGUGGUUUGCUGGAGAGCUGUGGCCAGUAUUGCUUGGGCUGUCCUGUUGUUGCCACCCAUCACCGCAGUUUUUGUAAUCCUCAGCAGGUUCAGCCUUCUCCACCCCAUUCAGACGAUAUCAGAAUGUCUGUCCUUCUUAACGAGUGCAAGUGCCAUCUUUUCCUUCAUCCUGCUGUGUGGCGUGAUCAUCAUGGUGGGGUUCCUAAACCUGGAGUAUUAUACAGUCAUCCCAACAAUCGCAUGUUCGAAAAUUGCCCUGUUGGGUCAGCUGCUCCACCCUCGCCAGUGUGUCAGCUCCCUGGUCCACUGUAUCAUGGGAAUAAUUGUGGCUUGGUGUUGUGCCGUCACCAUCGGGGGCAGAUAUGAGACGAUCGGCUACCCUGUCACACAGAGUGAUGGCGCUGAAAGUCCCCCCCAGAUGUGUCUGAACGAGUAUCACCUCAUCCUUCUGCUGGCUGGAGCCUUUGUUGGAUUCUCUCACAGUCUGCUGGGUGUGAUCUACAACAUGAACUUUGUCUCUUUUCACCCUGUUCAGCAAUACAAAUACCUUCGCUUUAAGGGAUCCCUAACUAUGGUGGUGAAGUGCAGCGCUACUCAAGCACUUUACUCUGUCAGGAACUUCAUUGUCAUGUAUUUCUUUUUGGGAUACAUUCCAAAAGCAUGGAUUUGUAAGACUCUGAAUCUCUAUUUGAACAGCUCUGCCCACCCUCUUGACAGCAUAGCUGGGCUGCUGGACCUCUCCCUGCUCUACCACCUGUGGAUCAGUGCCACCUUCCUCCUCUUCACAUGGCACAUCACUCUGCUGCUUUUUAGGAUCUUUGUCACUGAGGUGUACAGUUUUCCUGUGCAGUCGUCUUUUACGGAGGAUGCCCACCAGUGUCUUCCUAAAGUUCUCACUGACAAGCAGACAAUGAUAUUAAAGUUUCUAGCUCUGCAGGACUUGGCUCUGCUGUCUCAGCACUCUCCGUCACGGCGCUGUGAGGUCUUCAGUCUGAGUCAGCCAGGUGGCCAUCCUCAUAACUGGAACGCCAUCAGUAAGGAGUGUCUGUCUCUGCUGACUGAUCUGACCCAGCGACUCAUAGCCUACCAUGACACUGUUGCAACCAAUGGCAGGGCCAAGUCACUGUCCACUGGGAGCGAACGGAAGACUUCAUCUGAGACAUCAGUAGGUACAGAGGAUCUGAUGAGCCCGAGGCCCACUUUACUGAUGAAAACUCCAGCUUCGGUCUUUGCACGCUCUAUUGUUGGCGGCCCACCACAGAGCCCCCUGACAGCACCGUUCACUCCUGACCUGGACAGCCCUUUUGCUUCUCCUGCCCUGCGGCGUCUUACUGCUCCUGUGGACCAGUGCUCACCGUGGUUUGGCACAGUGCAGAGUCCACACAUCAUGAGGAGAGCCCCAAAACUCUGGUCCACCUCCACAGAUUCACAGGCCAAUGGCAGUCCCCUGUCAUCCCCUGCUUCAGUUCCCAGUCCUAAACAGGAACCAUCCAAACCAAGUCUCCUGGCUCAGUUCCUCCAGAACAGAAAAGAACAGCUUCCAGAAGCCUCCAGUCAAGCUCUGUUUGCAGACAGCCAAGCUCACAUCUGGGCUUUAGAAGGGCUGUCUUACCUUGUUCAAGCCUCUUUCUCAGAGGACCAGUUUGGGGUUGUACAGACUACAUUACCCAGCAUUCUCAGCUGCAUGCUGUUCUUACAAGAGGCAGUAGAUCGCCACUUCAAACUGCCUCACGCCUCCAGUAAGCCUGUCAGGUCGGCCAGCAGCAUGGGAGACUCCACUUACAAAACACUGCGCUUUGCUCUCAGGGCCACUCUCAAGACUGCCAUCUACAGGAUAACAACCACUUUUGGAAAUCACUUGAAUGCUGUUCAGAUGUCUGCAGAGCACCGGAAAAGAUUGCAGCAGUUUCUGGAGUACAAGGAAUAACACACCUGACACUUGGCUCUUGUGUCUUCAGACUCUUAUCAGUGUGAUGUGUGAGUGUGUGUUUGCACAUUAGCAUAAGUGAAGCAACAAGUGAAAGCCCAUGAUAGUGCCUCUUUUAAUAUUUAUGUCUGCACCGUGUCAUGGCGGAUUGUAUUUGAUAGGUUAGAUCACAUCUCCUCCAUGCUUGAGGCAUGGGCUUCCUGCCCAACUGACAGACUGAAGCAGGCUGGAAGCCCAACUGUUGCCUCUUGUGAUUGAUUUAUACUGUCCUACUGUAUCAAUAAGCAACUUAUUCCAGAAGAUAUAUUUUAUUUGUUUACAAGAAAAUCACAUCAACAAAUUGGGAUGAGUUGCAAAGGGCUAUUUGUGCUGCAUUUGUACUAAAUUAUGUACAUGUUCUUUUGGUUUCACACUUCAUCGACUGUCUCAUGAAAUUCCUAUACCCUUGUGAUUUCAAAACAUUUUGCGUUUGGUGUGAGAAGUGAGAGAAGUAGUGUGUGUCAGAGUGAUGAGAAAGAAGUUGUGUUCUCUUAAGUUUCACAGGUGUCUGAAAUGUGUUGCGGAACUUCAAUUUUUAGAUCUGGGUUUGCUCCAAACACCAGUUCAUAGAACUACGUCACUGUUACCUGUAUGCAUCAGUUCAGGUUCUCUGACUAGAAAAUGCACUAAAGUCAGAUACACAGAUCAGACACCUCUGUUUGUACAUGUAAGCUGUUUGUGUUUGUCAGUAUUGAUUAUGUGAAAUAAGGUUGUCUUUCAUGUCAGAUCAAAGAUAGAGAUUUGAUGAGACUGGUAACAAGUGUGGGGAAAGUGUUCGCCAAAACGUAAUGAGUUUAAAAUCCCGCUCAGAGACCUGUUGAAUAAAAACAAU